AUGGCAGCGGGCACAAACCAAGCACAUGGCAUUAUGUCUAAUGGACAAAGACCCGCAGAGCCAGCCUCAUCCCUUCUUGCGGCGCACUUCGCCCCUCGUCUGACAUCUCAUGGACACGAUGCGCAACGACUUUCGCGAGAGACCUUUUCACAGCUUCGUCAGGAACUUCUCGGCGAUAGACAGAGCCAAAUCCGCGCUGAUGAAGGGAUCACAGACAUUAACAAGUUGAUAUGCAUCGUUCUGAAGGCAGGCCUAGAGGUUAGCCCGAACAGCAACAGCAACAACAACAAUCCAGAAGAAGAAGACGUGGAAGGACAGAUUCUGGACUGUUUGGAUAUUAUCCAAGCAAGCAUUGAAAAGGCACCCCAAGUGCUAUGGGAUAAUUCGGACCCCCUCAUUUUGGGCGAGGAUGUUCACGCGCCAUUGUUUGCUUGGCUGAUCCUCCGACUGAUCAGAUUGGCUAGUAUCUGGCAAUCGGAAACUGUCCAGUAUCGAAUCCAGCAGGUUUUAAUGCAAAUUUCAUGUCUUCAAUAUAAGCAAGUGCGAUCAUCAGCUUCGUGCUAUAGCAUUCUGGCUUUCCUUCGGGCUUGUACCUCAGAUAUCAUAUCUACACUCGAAUCUUCCUUAAAUAAGGGCUGGCACAGGUCUUACAGUCCGAAGCUGUCAUUGCCUGGAUCUAUCGGAUCGCUUCUGAUAGAUCUGGACGAUCUAACUCUACCCCAUGACCUAGUGAAGAAGCCCACAGGGCUAGGGCCCUUCCCUCAAACCGUCGCACUGGUUUCUCACCUGCUAGAUUCUUUCAGUCCGAAAGCACCCGUGCAGGAAUUUGAAAAGCUCCAGAAUCUUGAUCUUCGUCAAAAUCUCUCGGGCGUCCUGAACGGUUUCAAUCGCCUGCGAAAGGUCCUAGUCAAAUGGUUGCAGGAAUUAGGUUCGAACCUGGGCCCUGGCGAGGAUAGAGUGCCAAUUCAAUUUUUGAUGCAUGUCCAUCGCUUCUGCCUCUCAAAAUCUACCUCGUCAGCUUUGUUGUCGGACGUGAGCUUGACUUCCGCAUGGCUACAAUGCCUCGGUGGUCUUCUCGGGCCCAGUGUCACGCAUGGACUGUCGAAUUUGCAGAUAGAGCUUGGAAAAUACCUGGAAGAGAUGGCAGAGUCGACAAAUCAAUCCAAAUUGUUCGAACACCAAACAAGGGAAUUGCUUUUGCCGGUCCUUGUGGAUCUUGGUCGUGAGGAGCAGAGUACCAAGCCAAUCGAGGCCUGUCUUCUGAAUUCAAUCCAGAAACUCCACUUGAGGUUACUGGAGACAGCUAAGUCUCCAGUAAACCUACAUGAUAUCUCUACCUCACAAAAGAGCCCAGAUACCGAACAAAUGGGAACCAGUCAACAACCAGUGAUUUUGGAUAAGGAAGAAGAAUGGACAGAAGACACCCGGGCUCCAAAACGACUUUGCAUCACUCCUGGAUCUACUUCCAGUAGUCUGCUCCAGUUCCUCACGGGUAAAUUGUCAUCGCUCCUGAAUUCCGGUGAUAAUUCGACGGUGAAAAGUCUCCGGAAGACAAUCGAGAGUUCAUACACCCAAAUCUCCGAGCCCCAAAAAAGUGAAAUCCUGGAAAUCGUGGGCAAGCUUUCUUGCGCCCUAACCGGAAACCUUUUCCAAAGGCCUUCUGAGGUUAUAUCGCGCGAAAUUCUAUUUUGCGAAGUGUGCGAUGGUGGACAACAAGAGCAGACGGCGGAAUACGACGGGCAAAGCGAAGAAGAAUUCGGCAACCUGUGGGAAAUUUUCAACUUCAUUCUUCCUAAAUUGACGCGUACCCCCGGUCCGCGAAUUGCUGCUAUGAUUGCUUUGAGAAGGAUCUUGAUGCACUCGACAAAUCUGAAUCAGAUGCAGCUUUCAACGUCAACGUCUGGGGAGUUCUGCCUUCACUCCCUUCGAAGCUCUAUUCGUGAGCUUCGAAUUGCGACUGGACACGCGGUGCCUGCCUUUGUACGCCCAGAUCUCCAACAAGACAUCCGCCGGGCAAAUUUUGUCGUUGUUCUAGAGUGGCUCAAGAACCUUUCGGAAAAGGAUGACAUGCCUUUACAGGAGGCAUGCGUUUUGACAUUAUGUCGACUUGCAAGGGUCUCGGAUGACGAGGAGAAAAACAUCAUUUUACUACGCCUAUUAGAAUAUCUUGGACAUCCAAAUCCAUACGUCUGUGCGAUUGCCUACAACGAGCUUUCCAAACUCGCACAGCAAUUCUCCCUAACUCCCGCAAGCCUGUUCCGGCCAUACUGGAGAACGCUUUCGGUGGCAGUGGUCAAGAACCUUCAAUCCCGCCCAUACAUGGCCGAGCAGCUGUGUGAGCUGUUAGGAAUGAAAGUUGAUAGCUUCCUACGGCUGACGGAGGUUCAUAUUCUUCCUUACUUGGUGCUGACGAGAAGACGAGAUAUAAUCUCCCGGAUUGGGGCAAGUCGCAAUGAAGGCGAAACGCCUUUUGAUGUUUGUUCGGAGAAGAAUAAUCUCGCUGCAAUCUUGGCUUUUCUUCUCGCUCAACAGUCAAAUGAUCCGGAAGCUAUGAUCAUGUCUCUCCUCGCAGAAAUAGAUUCCGCUUUUAGAGGUCGUACGUUGGCUGAGCUUGUGAGAAUCGAGCCUAUUUUGAUUGCCUGCGAUUUACUCAAGAACCUUGGCAAUUCGGGUGAUCAGAAUAGGGAGAAAUUCCAACAAGCUCUCUAUCGACUCGCUUCCUUUAUCCCUCGAAAAUCUUCACACAGCAGUUCUUCCAAAAAGUCAGACCUUUUGAUCCAUUUCAUUGAGGAGCAUGUCCUCGGAAUCAUUACCCAAUUUGCGAAUGCAAUCAAUGAUUUCCAAGUGAGGCAGACACUAGCAGAGAAAAGGCGAAACCUCAAGGCGAUCGAGGAGAUGAUCAACAUCGCCCAAGGCCAUGUUAGCAAUGCGCUGCCUCAAGUCAGCGCCUGUCUGCGGUCAGCACUAGAGAUUGAAGAGUUGUGCGACCAUGCCUUUUCAGCCUGGAAGACUCUUAUCAGCUCACUCAGCGAUGAAGACAUUGAGCCCCUCAUCGACCAAACACUGGCCAUCGUCAUCAGAUAUUGGGGGAUAUUGACCAUCGAGAGUCGGCAAAGUGCCUAUAGACUCAUCGAUCAUAUACUUACCAAUCAUCCGAAUCUUGUGCGGGAUACUUUUAAUACAAUGCCUUCGCUAUCGUCUAUUCCCGAGCUUCACCCACUGGAGGCUAGGGUCAAUGAACUCAGAUCUCAGAUGGAUGUUCGAAGUCAAUUUUUAGCGCUUGUUCGUCGCUGUCAAAGUGAGAAUGCCACAGUUGUCGAACAGGCGCUGAAGGAGCUGUCCCCUUUUCUUUCAGAGAAUGAGGAGUUCCUUCAUGUUUCGGUUCUCAGUGAGCAGCCUGAUCCUAUCAUUGCUCAAUUGAUGAGGGCAUUGCUAGAUUGCUGCGUUAAAUUUAAUAGCAGCUCCGAUCCCAUAACUUUGCUUUCGUCGCAGUGUUUAGGUCUUGUUGGCUGUCUUGACCCCAAUCGCGUGGAAACAAUUAAGGAGAAAAAGGAUAUCCUUGUUCUAUCGAAUUUUGAUCGGAUGGAAGAGACAAUGGAGUUUGUGCUUUUCUUCCUCCAGCAUGUUCUUGUUGAUGCAUUCUUGUCUGCUUCUAAUACGAGAGCCCAAGGAUUCCUAGCAUACGCCAUGCAAGGUCUGCUCAAAUUUUGUCAACUCAACGUGGCUGUUACUCAGACUCAGCGAACCAGAGAUCUGCAAGGAGAUGAAAAGUAUCAGCGAUGGAUGGAACUGCCUGAAAGUGUGCGUAAUACUUUGACGCCCUUUUUGACAUCAACAUACACCGUCACAGUUGUCACAACCAACUCCAAAGUCAACUACCCUUUGUUUUCUCCCGAGAUGACACACAGCGAAUGGCUGCGUACGCUAGUGCAAGACCUCCUCGAAACAGCGAGCGGUGAUAACGCGAAGAUUGUAUUCGCUGUUUGCAGUCGUGUUGUCAAGGGCCAAGAUAUUUCAAUUUCUUCGUUCCUCCUCCCUUUCGCGAUCUUGAAUCGUGUUGUUGGGGGUACCGAACAAGAGCAGCUGGAUCUUCAGCUGGAGCUAACCAAGGUGCUCUCGCACCCUCUCCCCGACACAAAUAGCAAUCUUCGAGAAACAAUUCUCAGCUGCAGUCAGAGUGUUUUCGAAGUCUUGGAUUAUCUGUCAAGAUGGCUCCAGGGCAAGAAAAAACACAUGAGUGGUCUUAAUCAACAGGCCCAUCAGUCAUCAAAUCGAUCGCAUAGGGAGGCUGCCCGGGAUCCGCUCCAUGCCAAGUUUUCAUCUCAGAUCAAAUCUGUCGAAUCAUUACUGGCUUCAAUACCCCCCGAAAAAAUCUCCAAGCGAGCUGUUGAAUGCAAAUCCUUCUCCAGGGCCUUGUUUCACUGGGAACAGUAUAUCCGCAAAUGCAAUUCUCAAGUUGAAGUGAACGAGCAGUCCAAUCCUGAGGCCUUGUACCAGCGACUUCAGGAUAUCUAUAGUCAGAUUGAUGAACCGGAUGGCAUUGAAGGUAUUUCGAGUCAUCUUUCAGUACUUGACAUCGAUCAACAAGUUCUCGAACACCGAAAGGCUGGAAGAUGGGCCACUGCUCAAAGCUGGUAUGAGUUGCAGCUUGAGAAAGACUCGAAGAAUGUGGAUGCACAGUGGAAUCUUGUCACUUGUUUGAAAGAGUCUGGGCAGCAAGAUGCGAUUCUCACUCGUUUCGAGGUUCUCAAAGAAGAUAAGCCCGCAGCCUCCCGCUUUUUACCAUUUGCAGUCGAAGCCUCGUGGAUCACCAGUCGAUGGGAAAAGCUACAGGGAUAUCUUGAGCUCUGUGAGGAAUCUGGGACUGGUGAAUUCAAUGUGGGUAUCGGGACUGCUUUGAACACGCUGCGCCUACCUAAUUCCGGAGCUGAAUCAUUUACGGAUAUUGUGAAUGGCUUGAGACUCCAGGUUGCGAAAUCAUUGAAUGCCAAUUCCGUGGCCUCGCUGCAAUCUUGUCAUGAUGACAUGCUACGGCUGCAUGCAUUGGCAGACGUGGAAUCGAUAGCUAAUGCAGAAGCCAAGGGUCCGGGGUCAUAUCAAGGGCUUCUCAAGGCCCUGGACAGACGGCUGGAUGUUCUCGGUGGUUACAUUGCAGAUAAGCAGUAUCUUCUAGGUCUCAGGCGAGCGACGAUGGAACUAGCGGGACCUUUUCCGAGUUCAGAUAUUGCGGCUGCGUGGCUUACGAGCGCCCAUCUCUCGCGAAAGGGCAAUUUUACUAGCCAGGCAUACCAUUCAAUGCUCCACGCAGCCAGGUUGCAGGAUCGAUCGGCUACCAUUGAACAUGCAAGGCUUCUUUGGAAAGAUGGACAUCACCGCAAAGCCAUUCAAACGCUGGAGGGCGCUAUAUCCGCGAAUGAAGCUAAUCCCCCAGAGUCAAUUUCGGUCGAUUCCGACACAGCGUCAUCUCUCUCUGGUGGCUCUGGAAAGCACCAAGGUGUGCUAAUUACCGCUCGUGCGCAUCUUUUACUUGCAAAAUGGACGGAUAGGGCUGGUCAGACACAUUCCCAAGCCAUUGUACAGCGAUAUCGUGAAGCGAUCAAGCUAUACCCGCGCUGGGAGAAAGCACACUACUACCUGGGAAAGCACUACAACAAGAUUCUUGAUUCGGAGAAGGCAAAGCCUAUGGGCAAGGAAGCCCAGAUCUAUCUCAGUGGAGAGGCCACAAAGCUCGUGAUUGACAACUAUCUUCGCUCGCUAACCUACGGAAGUAAAUACGUUUUUCAGACGUUACCGAAACUUUUGACGCUCUGGUUGGAACAUGCCUCCAUCGUCGAUCAACCGAUUGAUCCAAAGAGAGGGGAUAACGAAGAGUUUCAAAGACACACCAAAGCUCAACGACAGAAAAGUCUGGACGAAAUGCAUGCUCAGCUGAAGAAGUAUAUCUCUUCUCGUCUGCAGCCUGCUUUGUUGUUCACUAUCUUGCCACAGGUUGUGGCACGAAUCUGCCACCCCAACAGCACCGUGCAUGAUCUGUUGACUCGCGUUGUGGUCAAAGCUGUCCACUGUUUUCCACAGCAAGGCCUGUGGACUGUCUUGGCCGUGGUCAAGUCAUCUAAUAAGGACCGAGCAUCAAGAGGAUAUACAUGUCUCAAAAAGAUCACGGAAUACACCAGCAAGCAUAAGACAGAAUCGGCCCCCGAUAUUCAUCGCAUGAUAAGCCAAGGUCAAAAGUUCUCCGAAGAGUUACUACAGCUCUGCCUGGCGCAUGUCGAGGAGAGGGUCUUUAAAGUCAACCUCGCUCGCAAUCUGGGAUUCAAUCACAAAGUGGCUCCGUGCCGGCUAGUGGUGCCAUUCCAGGCCAUGCUAAUCCCGAGUUUACCUUCCAGUCAUGAUUCGGAAUAUUUGAAAGGGUUCCGACCAUUUCCUCGGGAUCCAACUACCAUUGACGCCGUUCUUGAUGAAGCGCAGAUCUUGCACUCUGCUCAGCAACCACGAAAGAUCAGCAUUCGAGGCUCAGACGGGAAAAUUUACAAUGCGCUGUGCAAACCAAAGGACGAUCUGCGUAAAGAUCAACGUUUGAUGGAAUUCAAUAACAUGAUCAACCGUUUCCUCAAGCGAGACGUGGAAUCAAGCACACGACGAAUGUAUAUCAAAACCUACGCCGUUACACCUUUGAAUGAAGAGUGUGGGUUGAUUGAAUGGGUUGAUAAUCUACGUACAUUGAGAGAUAUCAUCGCCAAGGGACUACGCGAGAGGGGUGCUGCACCUAAUUAUACUGAGAUCAGACACUAUCUCGACGAGAUUUGUGCAGACCGUUCGAUGACCAAAUUACCUCUGUUCACUACGAAGAUUUUGGCAAAGUGUCCCCCCGUUCUUCACGAAUGGUUCAUCGAAAUGUUCCCCGAGACCGAAGCAUGGUUCGCCGCAAGGUUACGAUACACGCGAUCUUCUGCAGUGAUGUCUAUGGUUGGAUACGUUCUAGGACUGGGUGACCGACACGGAGAGAACUUGUCUUUCGAAGAGGGUACUGGUGGUAUCUUGCAUGUUGAUUUCAAUUGCUUGUUUGACAAAGGACAAACGCUCGCAAAGCCAGAAGUGGUUCCAUUCCGUCUGACGCAAAACAUGGUCGAUGCGUUCGGCGCCUAUGGGUAUAAUGGACCAUUCCGGAGAACAUGCGAAAUCACACUGCGUCUUUUGCGGCAGAACGAAGAUGCUUUGAUGACUAUCCUUGAAACCUUCUUGCACGACCCAACUACAGACUUCAUCGGGAAAAGACGCCGCACUCAUAUCAAUGUGCCUGAUACGCCAGCCGGGGUUUUGGAAGAUGUUCGUAACAAGCUCCGGGGCUUUAUGUCGAAGCAACCCAUUGCUCUUUCGGUCGAUGGACAGGUGGAUGAGCUGAUCAUGCAGGCCACCGAUAAGGCAAACCUGGCAAAGAUGUACAUCGGGUGGUGUGCAUUCUUCUAG